AAACCACUGCUCGUAAACUCGUCUCUCAGCUCUGUUCAUCUAAAGCCGACCCUAGAACCAAAGAACUAAGUUGACUGGAACUGUAAACCAAAAGCAGAGCAUCUUAGUUCAUCAGUGAAGGCAGAAGAUCCUGGUUUGUAUUGUGUUGUGGAACAGGUAUCUUCUGAACUUUUGGUGCAAAGUGCCAGCCAGGAUGAUUCUGGCGACAUUGAAAGGCAUCGGGAAGCAGCUUCUGCGCGUGAAGGUUGUGGACUGUAACGCAGACGAGUCUCGCUUGUCUCGAUGCCUCAACACCUUCGACCUGGUGGCUCUGGGUGUCGGCAGCACACUCGGCGCUGGCGUUUAUGUGCUUGCCGGAGCCGUAGCCCGCAACAGCGCCGGUCCGGCCAUCGUCCUCUCCUUCCUCAUCGCUGCUCUGGCUUCUGUCCUGGCUGGUCUGUGCUACGCCGAGUUCGGAGCCCGUGUCCCCAAAACCGGCUCGGCUUACCUCUAUAGCUACGUGACGGUCGGAGAGCUGUGGGCCUUUAUCACCGGCUGGAACCUCAUUCUGUCCUAUGUCAUUGGAACUUCGAGUGUGGCCAGAGCAUGGAGCGCAACUUUUGAUGAGCUGAUCGGAAGGCACAUUGAGGACUUUUGCAGACGAUACAUGACUAUGAACGCACCAGGAGUUCUGGCACAAUAUCCAGACAUCUUUGCUGUCUUUAUCAUUCUCACUCUGACAGGACUGCUUGCGUUUGGAGUGAAAGAGUCAGCUUUGGUUAAUAAAGUAUUCACCUGCAUCAACGUACUGGUGCUGCUGUUUGUCGUCAUCUCUGGCUUGGUUAAAGGAAACCUGAAAAACUGGAGCGUGAACCCCGAAGAAAUCCUGAAUGGCACCGGAAACUCAAGCCUCAAUAUGUCUGAUUUCUUACCAGAAGAGGAGAGUCUUGGUCAAGGCGGCUUCAUGCCUUUCGGCUGGACUGGAGUCCUUUCUGGUGCUGCCACCUGUUUUUACGCCUUUGUAGGGUUCGACUGCAUUGCCACUACAGGAGAAGAAGUGAAGAAUCCCCAGAGGGCCAUCCCCAUCGGGAUCGUGGCCUCCCUCCUCAUCUGCUUCGUGGCGUACUUCGGUGUGUCUGCGGCGCUCACCGUGAUGAUGCCGUACUACAUGCUCGACAAGAACAGCCCUCUGCCGGUGGCCUUUAAGUAUGUGGGCUGGGAGGGAGCCACUUAUGCAGUGGCCAUUGGCUCGUUAUGUGCGUUGUCGACCAGUUUACUGGGCUCCAUGUUCCCAAUGCCCAGAGUGAUCUGGGCCAUGGCAGAAGAUGGCCUGCUCUUCAAAUGUUUGGCUAAAAUCAGCCCUCGAACCAAAACCCCUCUAACCGCUACAGUAACAUCAGGUGUUGUGGCAGCUGUCAUGGCGUUCCUGUUCGACUUGAAGGACCUGGUUGACCUCAUGUCCAUCGGCACUUUGCUGGCUUACACUCUGGUGGCUGCCUGUGUGCUGGUCCUCAGGUACCAGCCUGAGCAGCCCAGCGCCGCCUAUGAGAUGGCCAACACCCAGGAUGAACCAGAAAUGGCUGAAUCGUAUAAUAUCGACAUCUUACCUCAGCCAGAGGAUCGCUUCACUAUCAAGAACCUUUUUUUCCCGUCCAACACUGAACCGUCUCCUCUGUCUGGGUUUACUGUCAACAUCUGCACCAGUGUACUUGGUAUUUUGGUGUGUAUCUUCGGUGUUGUCGCAGUUCAUGGAGGCCUGGCCGCCUGGUCUGUUGCCUUCCUCGUUAUUGUCAUGGCGAUCGGCCUGUUUCUCACCUUAAUUGUAUGCAGACAGCCACAGAGCAAAGCCAAACUCGCCUUUAAGGUCCCUCUGCUGCCCUUCAUCCCCGUCAUCAGUAUGUUUGUCAAUGUGUACCUGAUGAUGCAGCUCGAUAAAGGCACUUGGCUGCGUUUUGCCAUCUGGAUGGUUUUAGGUUUCGUUAUCUACUUCAGCUACGGCAUCCGCAACAGUGCAGAGGCAGCGUUGAACAGGUCCGACGCCUACACACCUUCCUGCUCAAUAAAAGGAGAGCCAAUGGCCACGGAGAAGGAAGCGUUCCUGCACAACACGGCAAACUCCGCUCCAGACAAUGAAGACGAAGAUUCCUGAGCAAAGAGGAGGUUCUCUGAUCUUGACUGGCACCCGUCCAAUCAGAGUAUUGAAGUGUUUUCUUAUUCUAGCCAAAAAUACUAUCUGUUGUCAUUUUUCAAGUGAAACAAUAAGAACCUCAAUACUUCUGAAAACCAAGAUUUUAAUUAUAAAGUUGUCUUUUUUUUUUUUUUUGCGAAAUUAUCUUUUAUAUUUUAUGCACUUUGAUAUGAUCAGUUUCACUAAACACAACUAAGUCUGUGGAUAAAACACAAGCAGUUUUAACAAAGCUUUAUCUUGGCAUCUACAUGCAUAUGUUUGCUGUUAGACUUCAAUUUGGCUCCCUAAUUGAUAGUAUAUAAAAUUUUAUAUUAUCAUAUUGAAAGGUCAGAAUUUCCCAGAGCUAAUAUGUUAGCUGUUUACGAAAAAAAGGAUUAUAGACUGAGCUGAAAAUGUCGCUGCAUCUUCAUUGCCUUUUGUGCCAGAUCUCCUAUUUGCGUUUAUCUCUAAGGUUCAGCUUUUGGAGUUUUAACUAUGUAUUUUGUUACUGAGGAAAUGUAUAGAAAGCACAACUCUGCAGCUGUUUUAUAUAUGAACUAUGCAGCUCAGAGAAAUACAACAUGGUGCUAUAAAUAAUCUGGUAGAGGUCUCUGUUUUCAGUAUAUCUCCAUGUGAGAGAGUUGAUGAAUUUGUCUUCGGUACCGAUUGGCGGCACGCAUUUACCAGAGAUCAAAAACACCAGUGUUGUCUCCAUCAGGGAAUUGCACUUUUUAAGUAGCCAAAGAAAUUAAAAAAAGCUGCUAAUGUGAAUUGAUUUAUCAGAUGCUUUAAAGAAUAUAUAUUAAGUGCCUAUUUCCCGAAUGAAUGUAAAGCCUUUAGAGGACUGAUAUUCCUCUUAUCACCAGCAGGCUUUGUGAAAUAUACAUACUGUAUAUUGUCUGUAUAUAAAGUACACUUUAGAUUUCUGAAAAGCUGGUAUUUAUAAUAUGGGAGAAAUUUCACCGUAGUGGAUCAUUUUCACUUUUUAGUGCACAUACAUUUGGACUGUCAGUGAUCAGUGAUAUUGCACAUCUGUUGUUUACAUACUGAUUUAACUCACUUUGUUUUGCUCCCUUUAAUCUUGAAAAGACUAAACUCAUACUGUACAUCCAGAAACACACAUUGCAGCGAUAGUCGUGCUGUAACUCAAGCAUUAAUACAUCUGUUUGUCGGACAUGAUUGUGGGUUUUAGGGCAGCUAAAAUCCAACUGUGACCUGUGUGUUCACUAAAAACUGAAAAUGCUACAAGGUGAAAAAAAUUUCCCUUUUAAAUCACUGCUUUUAAUUCACCCUGGUGAAUUAAUCCCACUCUGAUGCAUCUAUUUAUGUACAUUGAGAGAAGCUGUUAAUAUAAUCUGAUGCCAGAUUCUAUUAAUUUGAAUUAGAUUAUGUGUCAGAACCAUGUUGCUAUUCAUUGACAGUUGCUGUAAAUGUUUCGUGCAACAGCACUAAAAAGUUAAAAAUACCAGAAAACCAUGUAAAUAAACACAGUGCCUUUAUUAGAUUUCAAUAUAUAUAAGCGAGAAUUUUUUUUCCAUUAGUUUGUUUUGUAACUACCAUGCAUUAUUUACUGGGAAAUGUGUAAUUCAAUAGGAUGUUGUUACAUGUAAGUUUGGAUCUUUAUUAUGAAAUCAAAUGCAUUAAUGUCUGCUCAGAAAUGUUGAUUUUGAACAUUUUAUUUCAGUCUGUAAAUAGAGUUGUGAUCCUGCUUUUAAAGUUACUGCCUGGCUGUUAUAUGAAUUGAAACCAAUUGUGCCCUCUGCUGAAUGUUUCUCCUGAACACUGUCCGUUAAAAAACGUUUGCAUGCUGUACAAAUCCUUAAAGUAUAGAUUUUAUAGUGCUGCUAUUUUAUAACGGUGUGUCAGAGCAGAGGGCAGACUGUUCACCAAAUGUUGCCAUGAUAUUGGUUGUGGUUUGUAUAUUUCCUGCUAUAAAUAAAUAAGACUGAAAGUUAAAGUGCA